CUGCGCCCCACUCCCAUCACGCUCACACCACCAAGGGGACACGUCAGCAAUGUUCUCCGGCAUCGCGGCCCGGCGGUGUGCGGCCCUCCGCCGACCGCUCGUCACCCUGGCGCGCGUGCCAGCCACCACGCGAGCCCUCAGCACCGCCACUCCUUCCAUCACCCCGGCCGAUGCCGAGGCCGGAGCCGACUCUUUCACCGUCUCGCGCAUGGCCUUCCUGGCCCGGCUGCAGGAGGCCGGCAUCCCGGCCUUCCCGCAUUACCGCCGGCCGGCCGAUGCCCUGGCCCUUCGGGCGGUGGUGGAGCAUGUCCGCACGCAUCAGACCCCCCCGGCGUCCAAGGAGGACGACCCGCUGCUCGGGUCGCUCCAGGCCUCGGUCGCCGGCCGGGUGGAGGGCAUCCGGCAGUCUGGGCGCAAUCUGGUCUUCGUGGAUCUGGCAGCCGAUGGCCACCAGCUGCAGGUGGUGGCCAACCGCCGCCAAUUCGCCGCGCCCGACCCUGCCAGCCCUGGCCUGGACCCAUUCACCGAUCUGGUGCAGAAUCUCACACGGGGGGAUGUCGUGGAGUUUGCCGGGCACACGCGCUUUUCCCAAUCCGGCGAGCCGAGUCUCUAUGCCACCCAGGCCCGGCUGCUGGCCCCGUGCACGCUUCCCCUCCCGGCACCGGGGCCCGUGCGUUCGUCCCGUGCCGCCGGGGCUCGACAUCUGGAGCUCAUCCUGGAUACCACGGCGCGCGAGCGUUUCCGCAUCCGGUCGCGUGUGAUUGCCACCCUCCGGCGUUUCCUCGAGGACCUGGACUUCCUGGAAGUCGAGACCCCGGUCCUGUCGGCCAUCCCGGGCGGCGCCUCGGCCCGGCCCUUCCAAACCACCUCCAAUGCCUUGGGCCGUGAUCUGAGCAUGCGCAUUUCGCCGGAGUUGUAUCUGAAGCGCCUGGUCAUUGGUGGCUUUGAGCGGGUCUUCGAGAUUGGCAAACAGUUCCGCAACGAGGGGAUUGACCAUGAUCACAACCCGGAGUUCACCACCUGCGAGCUGUACCAGGCGUAUGCCAACUGCGAGGACAUGAUGGAUCUCACCGAGAACCUCUUCCGUGAAAUCAUCCGCAAGAUCAAUGGCGACUCCCUUGUCCUGACCGUGGAGAACAAGCAGGGUCUCCUGGUCGAGGUGGACUUUGCCCCCCCCUUCCAGCGCAUGUCGAUCCCACACGAGCUGGAGAUCCUCCUCGGCGCGCCGGUCCCGGAUCUGUCGACCGAUGUGGAGUUGGAGUUCUUUGUGGAGCGGGUGAUCGAUCGCCUUGGGCCCGGAGCCCUGCCACCGGCCCCGCUCACGGCCGCCCGGGUGGUGGACCAUCUGGUGUCCGAGUAUCUGGAGCCGCGCUGCGACCAGCCGACCUUCCUAACCGGCCACCCGGCGGCCCUGAGCCCGCUGGCCAAGGCGCACCCGGCGCUGGCGCACGCGUCCGAUCGCUUUGAGCUUUUCGUGGCCCAGCGCGAGCUGGUCAACGCCUACUCCGAGCAGAAUGACCCGAAUGCCCAGUACCAGAGCUUCCACCAGCAGGCGGCCUCGCGUCUGGCUGGCGACGAUGAGGCCCACGUGCCGGACCACGACUACUGCCAGGCCAUGCGCUACGGCCUGCCGCCGACCGGUGGCUGGGGUCUAGGCGUAGACCGCCUGGUGAUGAUGCUCACUGGCAGCGCGCACAUUCGUGAUAUCAUCCUUUUCCCCGCGACGAAAAGUGCGAGUGCUUCCGUCUCCGUGCCGGACGAGAGCUAGCACGUGCAGUGACCCGAUCCCGUGACAUGUACCAUUUUAGCAUAUACCCGCCAUACUCGCCCUUCCCGGCCUGCCGCAUUACCUAAAUAGACUGGAAGG